UCAGUGUAUGCAGCGUGUGCGUAAGCCCGCCUCUUUACACUCCAGCCUGGAGCCACGCCUCCGUCACACGCACGCUGUUACGCAGUCACGCAGCACGCAGCACGCAGCACGCAGUCGGUUGUGUAGGAUAGGAAGCAGCCGCUAGUAGGACUGAAAGGCAAAGCAUGCAAAUGGCUGGUCACACAAGCACUUAAGCCUCGGAACUUACUUAUUAGCUGCUGGUCCCUAAGCGCUGCGGAUUGCACCUAGCAGGUAACCCAGCCUUUCGCAAAGAAAAGCCCUGUACACUGGGGUGAAGUAGUUUGCAGGAAAUAUGGCAUCUGUGGUAGAUUUAAAGUCAAAGGAGGAAAAAGAUGCAGAAUUGGACCGGAAGAUUGAAGCUUUACGUAAAAAAAAUGAGGCUCUAGUCAAGAGACACCAGCUGAUAGAGGAAGAUCGCAGGAGAGCUGAACAAGAGGGAAUUGCUAUCACAACACCUAGGAAAGUGAAACAUUCUGAGGUGGAGCUGGACAAAAGCCGUAAAGAAAAGGAAAAUUUCUCUAUCACUGUAGAUAUCUCUGUGGGGGAAAAGCGGGUCAUUAACAAUCCAAAGUCUGCCAAAACUUCUCAGCCCACUGCUAAUAAGGAUAGCACUUCAAAAAGCCCAACUCAGCGAAAUAGCAGUAGAACAAGUGGACACUCUGGACAUGUUGCCCAUACAGAACAUCUAGCUGAACCAUUGAAUGACGAAGAUGCUUUGCAAUCUGCAAAUAGAAGGAGAAUUCCUGGAGCAGAUGGACCACGAAAAAACCCACAUUUAUCUGAAGAGAUUACAGAACAUCGAGCUGAACCAUUUAUGAAUGACGAAGAUGCUUUGCAAUCUGCAAAAGGAAGAAGAAUUUCUGGAGCAGAUGGACCACGAAGAAACCCACGUUUAUCUGGAGAGAUUUCAUCUCCAAGAGGAGGUUUAUCUCAUUUGGAAAGAAGUGCGAGAGGAUCUGGAAGAGUUGGUGGAACACCAGGCAGAGGUGGAGGCCCUAGAGGAAGUAGUGAACAAUCUUUACCAUCAGACAGGAAAACACAGGAGUGGGAGGAGAGAAGAAGACAAAAUAUAGAAAUGAUGAAUGAGGAAAUGGAGAAAAUUGCAGAAUAUGAACGGAGCCAACGGGAUGGCAUACGAGAAAAAAAUCCUAUUCGCAACUUUCUGGAUGAUCCCAGGCGCAUAGGGCCAUUUGCAGAGGUGGAUCGCAAGGAGGGUAGUCGCAGGCACAAUCGUAAUUGGGGUGGACCUGAUUUUGAGAAAGUGAAAACUGGCAUGGACAAGGAAAAGGAAAGUCAUGGAAGAAGACCUGCAAUGAAGGACCAGAUGGAUAUGACUAUGUCAAUGACUGGUAGGGAAAGAGCAGAGUACGUGCGCUGGAAAAAGGAGCGGGAACAGAUAGACCAGGAGAGACUGGCUCGUCAUCGCAAACCCACUGGGCAGUGGAGACGGGAGUGGGAUGCAGAGAAAACAGAUUCUAUGUUCAAGGAUGGUGGCUCUCCACGUGUGGAAGAUGAGCCGGUCAGCCGGAGAGAAAAGGGAAAAAGGGGUGCUCCAAAGCCACCAACCAUGGGUGAAUUCUUCCCUGGAAACAUUAUGGAAUCCAACAGAAAGAGGGACCGGCAACGAGGUCAGGGACAAAACAAACCAUACAGCAUGCAUGACAGCCGCUGGGAGGAGCCAGAAGAUAAGGAGGUAAUAGAGGAAAGAGAGAAAGAGACGUGUGUGGAGAAAGCAACGGAGCAUGUAACUGUUGAACCCCAGAAAGAACCUGAAACAGAAGUUUCAGAGGAGGUAGGAGAAGAGGAUGAUGAUGGAUGGGAAGAUGUUGGAGAUGAAGAGGAUGACCAAGACUGUUCAGAUGCCUCAUUGAAUGAGAGAGGCCCAGCAGAAGAACCCCCAGUUGUUUUACCAGCCACUUCAGAACUCGCUGCCAAUGAGCAGAUGCCACCUAUUCAAAAUGAAACAUCUAAGCUAAACUUGACUCCAUCAAAGGAAAGUCAGGAUAAAUCUGCAGAAGUGCAACCAACAAGCCCAUUUUUACCUGACACAAACAGAAUAACAUCUGACUGGGGGGAGGAGAUGGAGAUGGUAUCCCCCUUUGCAAGCAGUAGUGAAGACAGCCCUCCCAGACCUGCUACUUCCAAGGAUGUUAGCACAGACAGAGGAUCUCAAGACCACUUCACACAUACAGAUCCUGGGCCAGAAUCUGCAGUUCUUCCCACAACAGCUGAAGGACUAACCCAGAAUGUGACAGAGGAUCUAGAACGUACAUCACCAGAAUCCCAUCAAGCCAACAAAGAUAUUGGGGAAAAGCUGGCCCUAGAGAAGGAUAUGCACAAUGUUGCUACAAAGAAUGUCUCAGACCAUCCCCCCAUGGAAGAUGGGGAAAAAUCAACUGAUGGUGGAAGUGUAGAAGUGUCCUCAAUAGUCACAGACAUGCGCAGGCCUUCUUCUAAGGAACCUAAGCAAGUUGCCGAGGAAAUCAAACCAGAGACGGAGCAGGAUAUUGCAACUCCAGCUUCAUCCUGACCAACAUAAUCAUCAUAUGUUCUACAAGUCAACCUGCACAUCAUUGACUACAACUGAAUGUUUGUUUUCCUUGUCAGCACUGGGAUUGCCUCAACUACACAGCUAUUGCACUUAAAGAAAAUGUGGCUUUCUGCUUCCCAUCAUUUCUUGAUGUCACUUUGAAGCUCAAUAACUUGUACUGCACUUAGUACAGUGGAGUUUAGAAUUAUUAUAGAUAUUGAACUAGGGGAGAAGACAUGCAGGAAUAGCCAAAAACAAGGCAAUCUCCUCAAGUUUUUAUUUGGAAAUGGCUUAAUAAAUGCCUUGGGAAAUUUACUUAUUUCUGUGGGCAGCAGCAUUUCUGGAACUGUAGUGGGGUAGCUCAGCACUUCAAAUUAUGUGUUUCUCAUAUUUAGUUAAGGUUACUCAAAAAAGUUCAAAAAUAUAGAGAAAAGGCAGGCACUCCGGUAUUGAAGUAAAUAAGUAGCAGUUGUUCAUGAAAAGUUGAAGUAAAAUCACAAAAAGUUUAUUAUACUAACACAUAUUGCAGAUAGCCUUAAGCGUUUCGUACCAUGCGGUACUUAAUCAUAGCCUGAAUGAAAAGUUACAUACAGGAGGUAUUUAAAGCAAAGAGAGCCAAUGGCUUUACAAAUGUAAUUAACCAAUCAUAGCAUGUCAAAGUUAAUUAGAUGACAGAUCAGAAAUGUUAAAACAAAUCAAAAUGAAAAGCACAUGUGUUAGAACAAUAUAUUUCCUAGAAAUUUUUGUGUGGUAUCUUAAUAAAUGUUUAAUCUAAAAAUGUAUGUAUACCGGAGUGCCUGCCUUUUCUUUAUAUUUUUGAUUUAUCCAUGAUGGCUCCCUUAAGCUGAAGGUCUGGGGCAUGAGCACCUGGGCCCAUCUAUACUACGGGUGAGAUUUUCACAAAUUAUUUACUUAUGAGCAUAUGUUUCCCUUUAUUGUAUUUUGUCAUUUUUUACUCAAAAAAGUUGAAAUGCUGUGGGUGACUUUAUUAGAAAACUCAUGUGUUUAUAGAUUUCUGUAUAUCAAUAGUUUUUUGUGUUUUGUUUAAUCUCCAUCCAUUUUCUUUUUUUAUUUUUCAGAAACAAAACAUUUUCCAGACUAGUUUAAGCUAGGGCUGUUUUGCACUACAGAUGAUAUGUAUUUUCGUGACACUGAAUGGUAGCCUAAAGAACGGCUGGUGAUUUAGCAACAAAGAAUACCUUAACUACACAUAGACUUUGCAAAGUCUUUCCUAGAAAUGACAGGUGGAUAAAUACAGUACUGCAAUAAAUACAGUGUUCAGUCAGCUUUUAUAUGGUGGGAAAAUACAUUUUUUGCAUGCAUUAAAAUAGAAUACACAUUAUGUGAAAAUGAAUUAUUUCCCACCUAGGAGGGACUGAAAUUGUCAGAUCAGUAAACAUUUUCAAGACUUUCAGAAUACACCCAGCAGUAAUAGUUUUCUUGAUAUAAGUGUUACACAUGAAAUAAAUAGAUGAAAUAGAUAAUAUUGCUGCUAGCUUUAAAAAAACCCCCCAAAAAACAUUGAAUUCACAAUGAACUGGGUACUUACUAGUACUUGCUGAGUUAAAAGUACAUAGGUCUAAAUUUUUUCUAUAGAGACAUUUUGAUAAAUGAGGCAAUAUCCAGAACUUCAUUCAAAGGGAUGCUGUCAUCCAACCAAAUAUUUUAUUUAUUACUGAAAAUGUGUGUUUUAUCAUUUUUAAAAGGAUAUGGUAUUUUUUUCUUGUCGCAUAAGGGAAUAUAUUUAAUUCUACUUCCUUCCAGGCAUAGGAUUUUAAAGUUAAGCAUGAAUAGCCUUGAUUUAAAUCAUCUCGUUUUUGUAAUAAAGUGUUGAAUACGUUAUGUAGAUUUCUGCUAAACCAGUUUUAACAAAAACGAUAAAUUUCUCAAAAUAACUUUUUAUUUUUUCAGCCUUGGUGUAGACAAAUUAAGCAACUGUGUUAUUAUAUACCAGCAUAUACAUAACUGAACCUAAGUGGCAAUCUAUUUUUAAGUAUUAAUGUCAAUCAGAGCUAGGCUGCCUUAGAUGAGGAUCUGUGAGUUAGAUAGAGACGUCCAGGGUAUUUUAAUGGCCUCCAGCCUGCCCAGGGGUUCCAUGCCAUCCUCAUUUUAUUAUCAUUAAACCCACAAGAAUCAGUUUGUAAACAGCUAGGCAAGAACACAAGUCUGUUUAGCAGUUAGCCCAGCGCUUAUCACUGAAUCAAUACAAAUGUGUAUAAUUUACUCCAGCAGGAGGACAGUAUAAAUUGUGAUAUUGCACUUUUUAAAUGUAGUAUUUUGCAUUAAAAUGCUGGAUUACAAUAUUUUAUUGAAAUUGAAAUCCUCAGUUGUCCACAAAACAUUGGCAUUGUGAUGUGUUUUGCUUCCAAAAACAUUAGCAAUUAAAUUUAUUGCUGCUAUAUUUUA